GGGGAGCUGUUAUAAGGCUCGGCCGGCCCCGUUUGCGGCGACUUCUUCUUCCACCUGGUCUUGGCGCGCUGUCUGCUCCGCUGCUCCAUGGCAACCGCCCGUCCGACACUCCGGCUGCUCCGCGGCUUGGGCCAGGCCGCCUCCACCUCCCAAGGGGGCUGCGGCUGCUGUCGCCACCACUUGUCUCUCCCCAGCGGCGCCCGCCGGCUCCAUCUCACCACGCCCAGGAAUGAAGCAGUUGUCAUAUCUGGGAGAAAGCUGGCCCGGCAGAUCAGGCAAGAGGCCCGCCAUGAAGUGGAGCAGUGGGUUGCAGCUGGCAACAAAAGGCCCCACCUUAGUGUGGUCCUCGUUGGUGAAAACCCUGCAAGCCACUCUUAUGUGCUGAACAAAACCAAAGCGGCUGCUGAUGUGGGUAUCAGCAGUGAAACCAUCCUGAAGCCGGCCUCCAUCACUGAAGAGGAGUUGCUUGAUCUGAUUGUUAAGCUAAAUGAUGAUGCCAAUGUGGAUGGCCUGUUGGUGCAGCUUCCUCUGCCUGAGCACAUUGAUGAGCGGAAGGUCUGCAAUGCGGUAAACCCUGAAAAGGAUGUGGACGGCUUCCAUGUUGUGAACGUGGGCCGGAUGUGCCUGGACCAGUACUCCAUGCUGCCAGCCACGCCUUGGGGCGUCUGGGAGAUCAUCAAGAGAACUGGAAUCCCGACCCUGGGGAAGAAUGUGGUAGUGGCUGGUCGCUCGAAGAACGUUGGGAUGCCCAUUGCGAUGCUUCUCCAUACUGAUGGCCGACACGAACGCCCUGGAGGGGAUGCAACAGUAACAAUCUCUCACCGCUACACUCCAAAGGAACAGCUCAAGCAGCACACGAUCCUGGCUGACAUUGUGGUUGCAGCUGCAGGUAUUCCUAAUCUGAUUACAGCUGAUAUGAUCAAAGAAGGCGCUGUAGUGAUUGAUGUUGGCAUAAACCGAGUCCAGGACCCUGUGACUGCGAAGCCAAAGCUGGUCGGAGAUGUGGAUUUUGAAGGAGUGAAGCAGAAGGCUAGCUACAUCACUCCAGUCCCAGGAGGGGUGGGCCCCAUGACGGUGGCCAUGCUCAUGAAGAACACCAUCAUUGCGGCCAAGAAGAUGCUCCGGCCCCAGGCCCUCGAAGCACUGAGCGCCUAAUGAUAGACUUCCCUGCCAGGCAGCAACAUUCCAAAUCUCCUCCCAAACACAGGCUGAGUGCAAUGCAAUAUUUAUUUACUGGAUGACAGUUCAUGGAAGAGUCACCCGGGAGUCUAUUUAUUUCAAGCAGUUGUGUUUCAGGGCAGUCUGCCUAUGCUCAACACAGUGCAUUAUGUAUGAUUCCUACCAUUAAGCUGCUGCUGCACAGCUGCAGGAACCAAGUAUUUGCAACUAGAAUGCCGAUGACGAUGGUGCUACUGCUGCUGCUCUUGAGAACCGAGAAUGGGUGCUCCUAGUGUGAACGUGUCGUAAUGUGUGUUGGGUGCAACUUCUAGGCAGCCUCAACUGAAGCCAGUAGAUACCAUGUGAUCUGCUAGGAUUAUGCGGCAGCUGUUCUGGAGUCAGAUGUUACUAUUGUUUUCUACACUGCCUUAUUUCUAUGACAUUUUUCGUAGUUCUUGUAGCAAAGCAGAUUAUCCUGUUUCAUCCUACACAUAUGUUUCAAGGAAGAAGUGGGCUUGGAGAGUAGGACAGUAUUUAGGUACAACAUGACAUUAGCCAUCUCAAGCUUGGGAGAGGUUCUCCAGGCCUGUUCAAGCUUGCCUGCUAUUUAGGUGGGCCAUUGGUGAACACGGCAGGUGGUAGGUGAAUAAAAAGCACAUUUGCUUGUA